AUGGACAUUACACUUGAUAAGGUUUGCUACAAUGUGGCGUUUGAUGCUUUGGUAAAGCUUGGCGAAGUAGACGAAGCUAUCAAGUUGUUCAGAGAGAUGACUGGUGAAGGUAUAGCUCCUGACGUCGUCAACUACACGACUCUGAUAAACGGUUGCUGUCUACAAGGUAGAUGCGGUGAUGCCUUUGAUCUGAUGAUUGAAAUGGAUGGAACAGGUCAAACGCCUGAUAUCGUUACAUACAAUGUACUUGCCGGUGGAUUAGCUAGGAAAGGUUUUGCAGAAGAGGCGUUCGAAACGCUAAAGCUGAUGGAAGCUCGAGGUGUGAAGCCCACUUUUGUUACACGCAACAUGGUCAUCGAAGGCCUGAUUGCUGCAGGUAAAACAGACGAGGCUGAAGCUUUCUAUGAGAGUUUGGGACAUGAAAGAUCUCGGGAGAAUGAGGCAAGUAUGGUUAAAGGUUAUGCAGAAGCUGGCCGUCUUGAUCAGGCCUUUGAACGGUUCAUUAGACUGGACUUUCCUCUCCCCAAGAAUGUGUAUUUCACACUAUUCAGUAGUCUUUGCGCCGGCGAUGAAGAUCACAUCGGCAAAGCUCAAUACUUGUUAGAAAGGAUGUGGAAACUUGGAGUGGAACCUGGGAAGAGCAUGUAUGGAAUGUUGGUUGGUGCUUGGUGUCGAGUUGAUAACGUGAGAAAAGCCCAUCAGUUUCUUAAAGUGUUAGGUGGUAGAGAGAUAAUCCCUGAUUUGUACACUUACACAACCAUGAUCAACGCUUACUGCCGGAAAAACGAGCUGAAGGAAGCCCAUGCUCUUUUCAAAGAAAUGAAGAGGGUAGGGAUCAAACCUGAUGUGGUAACGUACACAGUUUUGCUCAAUAACAUUCCAAAUCUGGAUACGAAGAGGGAAAUGGAAGAGCUUGGUGUUGAACCAGACGUUGUCUACUACACAAUCAUGAUUGACACAUAUUGCCGGUUAAACAACCUGAAGAAAGCCAAUGCUCUUCUUAAAGACAUGCAGAGGAGAGAGAUAACUCCUGAUUUGUUCAUUUACACGAUCAUGAUUAACACAUAUUGCCGGUUAAACGAGCGGAAGCAAGCCUUUGCUCUUUUUAAAGAAAUGAAGAGGGUAGGAAUCAAACCUGAUGUGGUAACAUACACAGUUUUGCUCAACAACAUUCCAAAGCUGGAUACGAAGGAGGAAAUGGAAGCCCUUGAUGUUAAACCAGACGUUUUCUACUACACGGUUCUGAUUGAUCAGCAGUGCAAGAUUGGUGAUCUUAAAGAGGCGGAAAGGAUCUUUGGUGAAAUGAUUGAAAGUGGGGUUGAGCCUGAUGCUGCGCCUUUUACGGCACUAAUAGCUUGCUGUCGUAAGACUGGAUAUCUUAAAGAGGCAAAAAGGAUUUUUGAUCUAAUGAUUGAAAGCGGGAUAAAGCCUGAUCGUGUGUCUUAUAGGAAUGGACCUGUACGUAAGGCGGACACACCAAUGUUGGACAAAGGGGAUUAA